AUGACCAUCAACAACACCACGAACGGCGCCCUCGGCAAGCUUACCAACUAUGUCGCAUAUUUGGACCCUGCUGUAUCGCGCCCUCGCAUCGGUCAUCUCGACUUCGAUGCAUCCACCAUUACACCUCUAGCCUUCAAGUCAGGCACUCCGCUCACCGACCUUUACCAAGUGAUCGCUGCCGGCGAAAUCGGGGUCUCGGUCGGUGGUGAGCAAAUUCCACUCGCUGGUGUCAAACUACUGCCUCCUGUUUCCGGUCGGGAUGUCCUGGCCGUCGGGAAGAAUUACGUCGAGCAUGCUCGCGAGUUCAACUCUUCCGGAUACGAUGCUAGCGAUAAAAUGGACCAGCCGACUCAUCCUGUGAUCUUCACCAAGCGCGCAACAUCGAUCAUCGGAACCAAGGAACCAAUUCUGCUUCACCAUAAAUUCACCAGCAGCGUCGAUUACGAAGGUGAAAUCGGUGUCAUUGUUGGCAAGCCCGGAUUCCAAAUUUCCGAGCAAACCGCCAUGGAUCACGUCUGGGGUUUCACCAUUGUGAAUGAUAUGACUGCGCGUGAGCGACAGCGUGACCACAAGCAAUUCUUCCUCGGCAAAUCUCCAGAUACUUUCUGCCCUAUGGGACCUAUUGCGGUGCCCAAGGAAAGCCUGCCAGAGAACCUGACCGUGCAGACCUUUAUCAACGGGGAAAAACGACAAGAGGGCAGCCUCGGUGAUCUGAUAUUCAGCAUCCCCACGCUGCUUGCGACCAUCAGCGCUGGCCAGACGUUGCAAGCCGGCGACGUUAUUGCCACCGGUACCCCUGCCGGUGUUGGUUUCGGCUUCCGACCAAUGAAGUUCUUGAACUCUGGAGAUGAGAUUAGCGUGUCCGUGACAGGGCUGGGGACUUUGACAAACAAGAUUGCUGCUGUCGACGCUGUCAAUACCACCAUCCAGCACGCGGAGUCUCACAUUCCCAUUGCUAACCAAAAAGCGAUCGGUAACGUGGGGUUGACAAAUAUAAACGGCAAACCCCUUUUCUACCAACGGUUAGGCGUUGGAAGUGGUCCUCCGGUCUUCUUCAUACACGGCCUAGGCGGGUCUACAAACUACUUCUGCCCCCUUAUUGCGAAGCUGCAGUCGACACACUCUUUGCAUCUACUAGACCUUGAGGGUCAUGGACUUUCACCCACCUCGGCACUCAGUACCGUUUCUAUUGCGUCGUUUGCAGAAGACUUUUACCAAAUGUCACGAGUUGCUGCAGUCCACGAGCCCGUGACUGUGAUCGCUCAUUCCAUGGGCUGUCUUGUGGCCCUCAAACUCGCCCUGGAAUAUCCUGACCUUGUGUCCAAACUUAUUUUGAUGGGUCCUCCGCCGAGCCCACUUCCCAAGCCAGGAAGCGAAGGUUCCCACGCUCGAGCUGCAUUGGUUCGCAGUAAGGGAAUGUUGGCGGUCGUGGAUGCAAUCACCCAAGCCGGAACUUCAGCCUAUGUCCAACAGAACAACCUUUUGGCUAUCGCUGCGGUCCGCAUUUCAUUGCUAAGUCAAGAUGCCGAGGGAUAUGCAAAGGCCUGCACGGCGCUUGCUCGAUCCGCUCAUGAUAUCCUGGAUGUGAAGAGCCUCAAGAUGCCCGUGUGCUUUGUUACUGGCGAAGAGGACAAAGUUAGCCCACCAACCCUUUGCCAAAAGUAUUCUGAAGCCACAGGAGGAGGACAUAUCGAGGUCCUCAAAGAUGUGGGGCAUUGGCAUCUCUUUGAGGAUACAGACCGAACUGUGAAGGCGGUUUUGGCGCAGAUUUAG